AUGCAGGUCUGCAUCAUUAUCUUUAAGGUCCUGGGGGAUUUCCCAGGUCAUAUUCUUCCUGGAGUACUUUUCUUUAUUGUAGCUCUUUGGUGGAGUAUAAAGAAUAUUCUCAAGCAUGUUUGUAAACAACAAAAGAGAUCUUCCUUUCUUUUUACCAAAGAAUUCUUCUUUCGAGUAGAAAUUUUGGAGGGAAUUGUGUUUGUUGGCAUGUCAACAGUAGGAAUAAUUGGUUUAUACCUUGUGCUUGGAAAGAGAAACCAGCUCCCAGAUAAAGAAUCCCAGUUUGUCCUUGUCCUGCACUGGCAUCAUCUUGCUAUAUAUGUCUUCUUUGCAAUGCUAGGUGUGACCAAGAUCUUAUGUUUCACCAUAAGUUCACUUCCAGUCUCUUUGGUCAAGUUAAUGUUAUCAAAUGCCUUCUUUGUGGAUGCUUUCAUUUUCUACAAUCACACAUAUGGCCGGACAAUGGUGGACACUUUCGGGCAUCAACUGUUGAGCUUCGCUAUAUUUUUGGCAGGUCUGGUUGCCUUCAUAGAAUCCCUCACAAAGAGCAAUCUAAUUCUGAAGCUCCUGAGGUCAAGCUUCACCAUGCUACAUGGGAUGUGGUUCUUACAGGUUGCUUUUAUCCUGUAUCCCCAAAAUAGAGACCAUAUGUGGGACCUGUCUGAUCACAGCAACGUUAUGUUUCUCGUCUCAUGCUUUAGUUUUUAUUAUGCAUUGACCUAUGUCAUCAUUGGAAUUAAUUAUGCUCUUAUUACUUGGUUGGUUAAGUGGAGACUUAGCAAGCUCUGCAACUCAGAAACUCAACUUCUGAAAAAUCCUGAACAGCAAGAAGAAUCAGAAAAUGAAAUGUGA